AUGACUAAAAGGUGGUUCCUUGGGCUGAAAUGGUGGCUUCCUCUUUUGGCUAUGCAAGUCAUGCAAGGCGAGGUGCCGAAGUCAUCGCUGGCGCCUAAUUGUGGCGGGGUGUCGAAGGCAUCGCUCGAGUCGAAUUGUGGAGGGUGCCAAAAGCGUAGUCCCCCAAGUCCCCAGGUAAGGACAUUUGGAAAGGAGAGAACUUUGCACGAGAGUGCCGAAGGUGAAGGGGUUGCUGAAGGCACAAAGUUGCACAAGGGUGCCGGAGGCGACACAAAGCUUGCGUGUCGCAAGACAAUGUGGCUAGGCACGAGGGUGACAGAGGCACAAGGGUGCCGGAGGCGACACAAAGCUUGCGUGUCGCAAGACAAUGUGGCUAGGCACGAGGGUGCCAGAGGUAAUACAAAGCUUGCGUGUCGCAAGGCAAUGUGGCUAGGCACAGGGGUGCCGAAGGCAACACAAAGCUUGCAUGGGUGCCGAAGGCAACACAAAUCUUGCAUGUCGCAAAGCAAUGUGGCUAGGCACAGGGGUGCCGGAGGCGACACAAAGCUUGCGUGUGACAAGACAAUGUGGCUAGGCACGAGGGUGCCGGAGGCGACACAAAGCUUGCGUGUCUCGGGAGUUUCGGCAGGUGCAUGGCACCUCGGAAGAGUGUCUUCCUUCGGCAGGGGAGAAGGCGUGUCUGCAUUGGUGUUAGUUGUUUUGAGGCUGGAUAUGAUCGGUUGA